UUGUUGACACUGCGGGUGAUCGCUUGUUAGGCUGUUUACCUGCUUCGAGAAAUGUCGAAACCAAUCUUAUAUUACGAUGAUCGCAGUCCACCGGUGCGCAGUUGUCUUAUGUUAAUAAAAAUGCUGAACAUCGAUGUCGAGCUGCGAUUUGUUGAUUUAUUCCGCGGGGAACAGUUUGAAAAAGAAUACCUGGCAUUAAACCCACAGCAUAGCGUGCCAACGCUUAUCCACGAUGAGGUAAUACUCACUGAUAGCCAUGUGAUACUGAUAUAUCUGGUAGAGCAGUUUGAAGGAGACGGCACACUGUGGCCAAAGGAUUCCUUGGCUAGGCUGAAGGUGCUUAAUCGCUUGUUCUUCGAAUGCUCUUUUCUGUUUCGCCGUGACAGUGAUUUAAUGUCGGAAAUCGUGCGAAAGAAAUAUGCCAACGUCGAUGUGGCUUUCCAUGAACGCAAGCUCUUGGAGGCGUAUGACUUCAUGGAGCAAUAUCUGUCCGAGCAACAGUAUAUGGCUGGUGAGCAGCUCACGCUCGCCGAUGUAUCCAUUGUGACCACAGUGAGCACCGUAAAUCUCAUGUUUCCACUGACGACAACAUCGGAGCAACGUUGGCCGCAACUGCAGCGUUGGUUUGCCACAAUGCAGCAAUUGGAUGCCUACAAAGUGAAUCGCAUUGGCUUGGAAAAGCUGCGUCAAAUUGUCGAGCAGUUCGGGCAGUUUGAGUUUCCAAGUCAGGCACUCGAUAAGGCUGCUUAAUUUAAUAUGAUUGAAAUUUUUGUUUGUGAAAGAUAUACGAGUACUUGUAAAAAAACAGCUAAUGAUAUUCUAAAACGCGUUCAUUAGCAUAGAGCCGACCAGA